AUGGCUUUACACAGUUCUCGUAUUGACAUUGUAAAUGAGAAAACUCCGCUUAAUUCUUCUAUGAAUAUUUCUAAUGACCAAAGCUAUAACCAAGAAGACCUCAUACAAGAAAUCAUGGUCCUUAGAACAGGCAAGCAAUCAGUCACCCAGCCUUCACAUGAUCCAUCUCCACAAAGAAUCGCUUAUUUGUGACGCAGAGCAAAAUGCAAAGGAAAAACAGUUGCAAGGCUAAUAAAGGUCUGGCGAGAUAUUCAAAUUUAUGGAGGAUCAAGGAACCAUUAUGCAAGCACCAUAGCUUGGAAAGAAAGUUUUGAAGAAGAUGAAGAAGAAAUUGUAUAUAUUUGGCUAUAAAUAGGCAUUAAUAAGUUAAAAUAUAUAAAAAUUUGAAAAUUUAUCGAAAAAAAAGUAUACAUAAAUGGAUACUUUUGCCAAAUUCUUCAUUUAAAAAAUAUUGGUCACUUGUGAUAGCAUUUUUAUUGAUCUGAACAGCCACAGUAGUGCCUUAUGAGGUUUGUUAUUUAGAUGACAAUUAUAUGUGACUAUCUAUAGACUUGACUAUUGAUGGACUGUUUAUUAUUGAUAUUAUCAUUAACUUUAAUACUGCUUAUGUAGAUGACGAAGGAAAAAUAAUAACAAAUAGAAAAUCAAUAGCCAAGCGGUAUUUAACAACCUGAUUUUUAAUUGACCUUAUUGCUUGUAUAUAUUAUUUUAUAUAAAAUUAGCAUUUUAAUUUAUAUGAAAUAAAAAAAUUAAUUUUAAGCUUAAAAAACAUACCUUUCCCUAACCUUAUGAAUAAUUUUAACGCAGAUGGAAAUAAAAACUACGGCUUCCAACGGCUUGCUAGAGUCCUCAGACUAUUAAGAAUGUAUAGACUUGUCCGUGUAUCCCGCCUUUUCAAAGUAUUUAAAUGGGCUAAAAACAGCGAAUUUAUCACAACUUUAAUAAACACCUUGCGCGUGACCACAGGGCUGCUGAGAAUGAUAAAAUUUAUAUUUAUCAUGCUGAUUGUUAUACAUAUAGUAAGCUGUCUAUGAUAUUAUAUAGCAAGAGUUGACGAUUUUUCUUAUAAUACAUGGGUAUACCGCUAUGGUUUUUUAGAUGACUCUAAAGGAGAGCUGUAUUUAACCUCUAUUUAUUAUGUCGCCCAAACUAUAGCGACUGUAGGUUUUGGGGAUAUAGUCCCAUUAACAUCUGGGGAAAGAAUUUUCGCUUUAGUCCUUAUGGGCAUUGGGGUUGGGUUUUAUUCAUAUACAGUUAGUAACUUAUCUACCAUUAUGGCGACUUUAGAUAUCAGGUCGACCAACCUGAAAAAUAGGCUGUCAGCUCUCGCUGAAUUUGCGAAAUUUACAAAACUUCCUGAAGAACUCAGAGUCAAAAUAAGAAAACAUAUUAUUCAUAACCACCAAGAAAACGUAUACACAUGGUUCGACAAAGACGCGCUGCUUAAAGAGCUGCCUGCAUCUUUACGACGAGAAAUUUCUAUCCAUAUGCAUAAAAGAAUCGUUGAAAAAAUUGCAUUUUUUCAAGAUAAAGACCCACAGUUUAUAUCACUUAUCGUGCCAAAGUUGAAAAAUGUACAUAUGCAGAGCGGAGAAAUUUUGUUUAAAGAUGACGAUUAUGCUGAAGAAAUAUAUUUUUUGGUAAAAGGAAGAGUCAAUUUCAAGAAAAAUGGCAUCGUUUUUAAAACAUAUUCACAGGGCUCAUACUUCGGAGAAGUUGACGUCCUAAACAACAAGCUUAGAAGCUAUACUGCACAAGUAGCCUCACAAACAGGAAAUUUUUUAGUUCUCUCAAAAAGAGAUUUAAUGAAUUUUAUGAAAGAGUUCACAAAUAUCGCCAAAGAAGUUAAAGCUACAGCAGACGUAAGGGAAACUAAAUAUAAAGAUGCCAUUGAUAGUGUCUUAAAUUCUGAAUCUGAUGACUCUUUUAUUGUCAAAAAAAAGAAAAAAACUAAACCACAUAGUGAUAGUGAAGAUAAAUUAAUUUUGUCAAAAAUUGGGGAAACCCAGGCUUCUGAUGGGCCUUUUCAUGAUAAAGAUCAUUUAGGAAAAAUUGCAAGCAAAAGAUUGGAGCUGGAUAGUACUCCAAGGAGUAAGCCGCCAUCCCUGGAUACCAUUUUACAGCAUAAUGCAAGCUCACCUUUUACGUUCAGCACUUCUAGCACACCUAUUGUUUCGUCAAUUGUAUUUUCACCUACAAAUUUUAAGGUAAAAUCACUGAAUGAGAGACUAAAAAUAGGACAGGAUUCAAAAAAUUUUGAAAUUCAUGACGAUUCAGCACAUUUUUCGAGGGAUAAUAGUAGGAUUGAGUCAGAAACUGGUGACCUUAGGAGCAUUUUGCAUGGAUUAAAUGAAAGUGAAGAGAUUGCUGAAAGAAACUUAGAAGGUGCAAGCAAUAUGCUAUUAGAAAUGGAAAGAACACAAGAGAGCGGUUCCUUCACACGACGACUAUUUCAUAACGACUAUUUUUUUUUGGCCUAUUUUUUUUUUUGGCCUAUUUUUUUUUAGCCUAUUUUUUUUUCACCUAUUUUUUUUUGGCCUAUUUUUUUUUGGCCUAUUUUUUUUUGGCCUAUUUUUUUUUGGCCUAUUUUUUUUUGGCCUAUUUUUUUUGGCCUAUUUUUUUUUGGCCUAUUUUUUUUGGCCUAUUUUUUUUUGGCCUAUUUUUUUUUGGCCUAUUUUUUUUUUUGGGCCUAUUUUUUUUGGCCUAUUUUUUUUGGCCUAUUUUUUUUGCCUAGCCUCAUUCAUGAAGCUGCUGAGAGGACUACAACCUUAUUGAGAAACAGAGACCUUUCCUUACGCGAUUAAUAUUGAGUAAAUUAAGUUAAAAACUCCUAAUUAAACCUAAAAUUCUCGAAAUUUUAAAAGCAAUGAAUUAGUAUUCAUGGAGUAAGAAAUCUGUUAAGGGUGCAUUUUUUGUUGGUUAAAUCGUUUAAAACACAUUAAAAAUUAGAUUAAAACAAUUAGUAUGGAAUUAUGCCCAAAUAUUAGUAAAAAAUAGUUAAAAAAUAGGCCAAAAAAAUAGGCCAAAAAAAAAUAGGCCAAAAAAAAAUAGGCCAAAAAAAAAAUAGGCCAAAAAAAAAUAGUCGUCGUGUGAAGAUACGAAGAGAGCAUGCUGAAAAAGCUAAAAGAUUUGAUUUCUGAACUGGAAAGCCAAUAA